AUGGCAGCCUCUUCAGCUGAUGUGCGGUCGGCCUUGGAACUGCCCUCCGCCUCCUCUUCACACCUGCAAGCUUCGUCAAAGAAGAUUGCAGCACAAACGACGCGCAAACCCGAGGGAAUAUCUCGCGAAUUGUUCUCUCUCAUUGGACCCUCAGCGACCACAUUAGUCGCACAGCUCGCACAACCGCGUCUCAAGCAGAAACCGAAUCUCGGAGGGAACAACAAUUCCAAAUGGGAACUGCGUUCAUUCAAAAACGGUGCACGCUCCGACUCUCUUGAGCUUCAGCACUGGGUCAAAGCAUCCGAUGCGUCCACAGAAGAUGCGUAUCAGUUCGUCAAAUACAACGUUCAACGCCCGACUUUCGCGUACUCUCUCGAUGAAUACACACAGCUGUUAGAAGGUAGCUCAAUCACGUCUGUGGACACCCGGCCAGCCUAUUCAUCUCCAACAGAUAAAGACUGGACCAAAGAAGAAACAGACUACCUAAUGAACAUCGUACACGAAUACGAAACACGGUGGUAUGUCAUCCAUGACCGGUAUGACUAUCCGGCAGGCAGCGCACGGUCCAUGGAGGACCUCAAAGAUCGCUACUGUAGCGUCUGUCGAAAACUCAUCCGGAAUCAACCCUGGGCAUCCGACGACGCUAGUAAAAAUACGCUCCUAGCUAGCUUCUCAUUUGAAAAAGAUCGCGAAGUACUGCGUAAGAAGUACAUCGCCAGCUUGGAAGAUCGGACGAAGGAGCAGAUUGCCGAAGAAGAAGCCCUGUACAUCGAGGUCAAGCGUCUGGAACAAAACGAACGGCGUUUCAAACGCGACCGAGAUAAUCUUCUCCGUACCCUGGCGGGCAUCGAGUCGGGUUUGCCUGACAUCGUUGAGGAUGAGGUACAACUUGCGCAGCUUCAUGCGGACAUGAAGUUCAGCAGCCACAACAAGCGGAAAGGGGGGAUGAACCUGGACAUUGAUAUCCCCUCGACACCACUUGCGUCUAGCUCGCGAAGGCCGACGAUUCCCAAGAACAGCGCCUAUGAUGCCCAGCAUUGCAUCACGCGCCAGGACCUGUCCUCAUCGUCUGCCAAUGUGACAAAAGCUGCACACCAGCCAGCAUUCUUGCGCUCUUUCAGAAUGCCUUAUCCGAAGUCCAACAUCGCCCCCAAAGUCACACAGAUCCUCACAGAACUGGGUGUCUCUCACACUCGACUGGUUAUGCCAACUUUAGCCAACAUAACCGCCCUCGAAAAUCUGAUGGACGCUGCGAGUACCCUGGUGGAGACCAAGAAAGUCGUCGACAAAGUCGACUAUGACAUCCAGGUGAUGAAGAGCCGUCUCGGCAUGCAAGAAAGUGCGCCUACGAAAACGGAGGAUAUGGAUGAUGCGACGAUGGAUGUUGACGAUGCGGACGGAGAGAUUGAUGCCGAAGGUGAAGAUGGUCGCGCGCAGAGUGUGGUCAGUACAAGGAGUGCUCGCAGUCGAAAGCAGAGGAGGUCCAUGUCCGUCUCGUCGGUCGAUACAGUGUCCACUCGUGCUGGUACAAAACGUCAAAGAAGAUGA